AUGAGUAAGAGAUAUACUUUUUCUGAUUUUGUCAAAUUUCAUAAAGGAAAAGGUUUUGGAAUUUGUAAAAUCGAGAAUUUCAAUUAAGAAGAAGAUUGGUUCGAAUAUUUUGAAUAUAUAUUGUCAGAAGACUUACCUAAAGGUUGGUUAAUUAUAUUUAUUAUUAUUUAUAAACUAUUACUUAACUUCAAAUUUAAAAAUCUAUAUAAUUGAGAUAUUCUAAUUUAUUAAUUUUUAUUAGGUAAAUAACCUCAUCAUGGAUAAUAUGAAGUUUUUAAGACAGAAUAAUUGAAAAAAGGGAAAAUGUCUGAUAUUAUAGAAAAAGUUUAAAUUACUAAACUACCUGAAUAUGUCUAAAUGAAAUAAAAAAAAGGAUAUGUGAUGAGACAAUAGUAUGUUUAAAGAGAAUUUAUGCCUACACUUAAAUCCUGUUUUUGUGGUCAAUAUGUAAAUCCUGAUUAGGUUCUUGUACUUUGUAGUUAAUGUGAAAAGGCUUUUCAUGCAGAAUGUUUGAUAAAGAAAUUAGAUUAUGGAAUAGUUAAUUGUGAUACAUGUAGGGAAUAACUAAGUAAUAAUGUCAUUCCUGAACAUAUCAAAAAAAAUCUAUAAUCUAGAAAUACAAAUCCAAUAGAUCAAAAAUAAUAUCUAAAUAAGAUAAAUGAAUAUAAAAAUAAUAUAUAAAUUGAAGACGAUGAAGAAGAAGAGAUAGAAUUGAAUGUAGGAAAAAUAGAUCUAGAUAAAAUGGUAAAGAAAAUCAAAACUAAAGAUGAAUAUGUGUCUAAUACAGUUCAUGUUAUAUAAUAAAUUAAUAUAGGUAAUGAUAAUUCUAAAAUUAAUUCAAUUUAUAAAUAAGCACCAAUAGCUAAAAUUAAUACAAAUGAAUUAUUAAAAUAAACAUCUUAACCAUAUUCAAAUAUAUCAAAUGCUAGUAUUUAAAAGAUGAAAGCUUGGGUUGAGAAAUACAGAUAAAUGGAAUAAAAUAUAUCUAAUGUUGAAAAAAAAAGAUAAGAAGUUAGAGAGAAAUUUUUUUGUGUCAUUUUCUAUGGGGUUUAAGAAUUAAAAGAUAUGUGGCAGAAAGAUUAAAAUUCUAUUAAUUAAUAAGAAAAGGAAAUUAUUACUUUGUCAGACUCAAUAUUAUUUUAAUAUAUAAAAAAUUUGGCUUUAGAUAUAGAAGUAUUUAAUCACAUUAAAUUCAAUGUUUAACAAAAAGGAAGGUUAGAAACUCAUUAUGUAGAUAGAUGCAAAUUAAUUUACUUACAUAUGAAGGAUGAUAAAAAUUUUGAAUUAAGAAGAAAGGUUAUAUCUAAAGAAUUUAAAGCUUAAGAUCUUUGUACAAGAGAUGAAAGAGAGUUGUAUAAUCCUGAAAAAAGAAAAUAAACUUAAGAAAUAGCUAUGAGAGUUAUUGAACUUAAUUAAAAGGAAUAAGAUGAUGAAGAAAAGAUGACUAAGGAUAUGGAAGAAGUUUCUUUUAAGGAAUAUGUAAUUAUAUAUUUAUUUAUUUAGAAAUCUAAUAAUGAAGAAGUUUAAAUUUCAUAAAUAAUGAAUGAUGGGCAUUUUUAAAAAGACUAAAAUAAAAAUAAAUUGAUGGGAUAUUCGGUUGAGAAAUCUUUAUCAAGAUUUAAGAGAAGAAUUGAAGAUGAAUUAAUUGAAACUGAAAGACUAUAAAUUUUAGCUAGCAUAGAAUAAUAUCAUCAUAUGAGAUGA